AUGAAAAUUGGAUUUAUUGGUUUGGGCAGCCUGGGCACACCUAUUGCCCUUAAUAUCAGAGAAGCAGGCCACCAUCUGUAUGUGUACAACCGCACUACGGCCAAAACCGCUCCCCUGCUGGCAAAGGGGGCAAUCGUUUGCGCAGACAUAGCAGCGCUGGCAAAGGAGUGUACCGUUGUUUUUUCCAUUGUAUCAGACGAUGCAGCCAUUAGCGCGGUCACUGCUGAGCUGGUGGGUCAUCUUGCUGCCGGUAGUAUCCAUAUUUCUAUGAGUACCAUUCUUCCGCAGACAGCAGCUAUGAUGGCUGCCCUGCACCAGGAUGCAGAUCAGCAUUAUAUUGCAGCCCCGGUAUUCGGCCGACCGGAAGCUGCCAUCGCCAAAAAAUUAAAUUUUGUACUAUCCGGUGCAGCAGACCCAAAAACACAGGCGGCGCUUCUGCUGAAAGAUGCCGGUGCUGCCGGUAUUUUUGAUUUUGGUGACAGCGUUACCGCCGCCAAUACCGUUAAACUCUGCGGCAAUUUCCUGAUUGGCGCGGCCAUGGAAGCCAUUGGGGAAAGCGCGGUACUGGCCAGUAACAGCGGUGUAGACGCAGCAAAAAUGUGGGAGAUGUUUUCGCAAACACUUUUCAAUACACCGCUCUAUCACAACUACAGUAGAAUAAUUUUACAACAGCAGUUUGAGCCAGCUGCGUUUACCGCAAAACUUGGCUUAAAAGACAUGAACCUGGUACUGCAGCAGGCAGCCUCAGUGAAGCAGGAACUGCCCCUGGCAAUGCUGUUAAAAAACAAUAUGCAGACACUGGUAGACAGGGGCAAAGAAAACAUCGACUGGAGCGCGGUAUCGCUGGGUGGCCAGCCGGGUUAG